AUGCAAUACAUUAAAGCGAAAGAAUUGCUGAAUGAGACACUUCAACUCGAACAAUAUCCUUCAAUGUAUCGUCAGAUACCUGAUAGAUCAUGCAAUCCCAAGUUUUAUGAUGCCCAAAUUCAAUUUUGGAGUAAAUUCUUGAUUGACUGGAGUAAAAGGUACAAUGUUGUAUCAUUUCAUGCAACAAAGCUCGAAGAAACCUUAAUGUGGAAUGAUAUAUACCCACCUCUUGCUCCAACAUUAAAAACUCUAUUAAAGUCCAAAAUUAUUCAAAAGUCAUCGAAAUUUGUCAUCAAAAGAUCUUUACUGAGUUCAAUUAUUGCAUCUAUGAGAUGCGAAGACCCUAGUGACUAUGAAAAUAUUGAAUAUAACUUUUAUCAGAAUUUUGAACAAAUUUCACGCACUGUCCGUGAUAACAUUAUGAAAAACGUACGGCCAUCAUACGAUUUAGUCAUAUCUGACGAAGAACUCAUUGAAAAAUUUAAUAUUACUUCGAUUUCCCAUUUAUCGAAUGUAUUAGAGAAAAAUCGCUACGCUUCUAGACUUCCUGAUGGAGGAUUUUUGUUCUCAAGUGAUAUAAUCACGACUCCACCACAAAAUCAAAUUUCUCUAUUUUUAGCAUUGAAAAAAUCAAUUUAUCAGAUGAAAAAGAAGAUAAAAUCGAUUGAUGACAUGAUUUCUACAGCUCAAGAUAAUAAAUACUUUGAAACUGCAAGAAAAUUGCAACAAAUAAAAUCAAAUGCAGAAGAACUACUUAAAAAUGGAGAAAAAGCAAAUAAUAUCUUACAAAAAGGCUUCUCACAUGAAACUAUUCUUAACCAGACUGAAAAUUCCGUAAAUUCUCUACAAAAAUUCUUAAUUUCUUCAAUCGACCAAUUAAUGAAAGAAGUUGAGGUCGAAAGUAGAGAUCCACCAGAAAAUUUCGGUCAUCAAAAGGAAGAAAAUGAAGAAACCCAAAAAUUUGAAAAUGAUGCUUCAGAUCCGCAUCCUAAUGAAGCUCACAAUGUUGGAAAUGAUGACUUUGAUCUUGGUUUCAUGCCAACGCGUAGUGUUUACAAAUAA